CUCUCUGAUGACAUGGGUGAAAUGAACCUAUGUGCCGUGAUAUCUCAAUGCAAUUUAGUGGGAAACACUAAAGAAUGGUGCAUUGACACUGGAGCUACCCGACAUAUUUGUGCUAACAAGUGGAUGUUCACCGAUUAUCAACCCGUUGAUAACGAGGAACAACUAUUUAUGGGUAACUCUUCUACAUCCAAAGCAGAAGGUCGCGGCAAAGUUGUCCUUAAAAUGACCAGUGGAAAAACUCUAACUUUGAACGAUGUGCUACAUGUCCCUGACAUACGCAAGAAUCUGGUUUCGGGCUCCCUCCUUAGCAAAAAUGGUUUCAAGCUUGUCUUUGUGGCUGAUAAAUUUGUACUUACAAAGAAUGAUGUGUUUGUAGGGAAGGGCUAUCUCAAUGAUGGUCUCUUCAAAAUGAAUGUACUUACCGUUGUACCCAAACUUGUUGAUAAUAAUAAAGUGGGUUCUUCUUACUUGGUUGAGUCUUCUUCUAUUUGGCACGCUAGACUAGGACAUGUCAAUUAUGAUACUUUGCGUAGAUUAAUGCAUUUAGAAUUGCUUCCUAAAUGUCAUAUUGAUCCUUAUCACAAGUGUGAAAUUUGUGUUGAAGCAAAAAUGGCUAGAAAACCUUUUCACUCUAUUACUAGAGAAACUGAACCACUAGAUCUCAUACACACAGAUCUUUGUGAUCUCAAGUAUGAAGAAACUAGAGGGGGGAAAAGGUAUUUCAUUACCUUCAUUGAUGAUAGC